AUGUUCGCAAUGCUAAAUCAAUUAGAAGGUGUUUUGGGUAGCGAUGCUCUUCCGAAACAAGGGGGAGACAAAUUAGAUAAAGAUGAAAUCCGCAUGGAAGAACCCCAACCAAAUCAACCGACUAAUGAACAACAUGAAGAAAACCUGAAGAUUGAUGCUCAGAAGGAAGGUGAAAAGCUAGUCAGAAAGAAGCACGACAUGGAGCUUGAUAAUCUGUUGCAUCAUCAUAAGGAGUUAGAGGCAAAGGAGGUUGAAGCUAGAGUUGCAAAAGUCACUCUUGAAACACAAAAGACGAUCUUUCCUCUAUGGAAAAUAGAAAAAAUUCAGAAGGAAGCAAUUGAUGGUCUGAGCAUUCUGCAGUUGGAGCCUUCGAUUGAGAGAGCUCCACUCUCGGACUAUGAUGUUAAUCACAUGCUCUUCUCUUUAUAUUUUAAGUAUAGAAAGCCUCAAUUCUUGACCUGGAGCUUUAAGAACAUUGUUGUUGUAAAGGUGUAUACACCUAUUGCGACUGAAAACUUCAUAAACAUCAAAUUCAAAGGAUUCCGAGGAGCUAUUCGUUCUGAAAAUGAAUAUACACUUGUUGGUCUUCCAUGCAUGAAUUCUUACGAUUGGUUUUCCUUGUUCAUGAUUUUGUCUAAAGAUGAAUAG